CUUUCGGAGCUUCCAUAGAGUAAAAGAAAAACAGUGCAUUUAAUUUGAAAAGAAGAGAAACAAUGGCAGAUCAAUUGACAGAUGAUCAGCUGAACAUGCUCAAGACUAAAUUCAAUACCUUCGACCCAGAUGGCACUGGCAUAAUCACUAGGGAUCAGUUGGCCGAUGUGUUGAGAUCGUUAGGGCAAGAUCCCACCGAGGAGGAGUUGGAUCAAUUCGUGCAGCAGCUGGGCAGUGAGGAUGGGAAUAUUCACUGGGAUAAAUUCGUCGAACUCAUGGCCCAGACAAUAUCUGCAUUAGCUGGGCAGUGAGGAUGGGAAUAUUCACUGGGAUUAAUUCGUCACAGUCAGGGCCCAGAUUAUCAACCCCAAGUGACCACUCUCACAUUAUUCUAGUACAAUUGUCAAUUUAAAUACUCGCAUUUUUGUCAAGUUAUUGACGAAAAAUAAUGUGUCAAUAUUUCUAAGAUAUAAAGAUAUUUAUUUCUUUAUAACUAAUGUGUAUAAUAAAAGGGUAAGUUUAUCCUCCUAUAAAGGUUUAAUGCAAUUUUGUAUUCCUCCAUA